AUGGAACGUUGGAAGGGUCGUGUUGCAGUUGUAACUGGUGCUAGUUCAACAAUUGGUUCUGUUAUUGUUAAAGAUUUAAUUAAUGCAGGUUUAAUUGUUGUUGCUGUUGCUCGUCGUGUUGAUCGUAUUAAAAGUUUACGACAAACAUUAAUUCGUGAAAAACAACAACGUCUUCAUUAUUUAACUUUAGAUGUAACUAAAGAACAAGAUGUUAAUUUUUCAUUUAAUUGGAUGAUUAAAAUGUUUGGUGGUGUUGAUAUUUUAAUUAAUGGUGCUGGUAUAUUUCCAACUGGACCAUAUCUAUCAAAUAUGAAAGGUGAACCGAUACGUAGAACAAUUGAUAUUAAUAUCGUUGGUGUUAUAACAUGUAUUCGAAAGGCAUUUGAAAGUAUGAAAUCAAGAAAUGUUGAUGGUCAUAUUAUUUUAAUGAAUAGUGUUUGCGGUCAUUAUGUACCAAUUAUGCCAAAAAAUCAUUCCUAUAAUAUAUAUCCGCCAACAAAACAUGCUAUUACAGCAAUAGCAGAAAUAUAUCGUCAAGAAUUUCCACUAAUGGGUACAAAAAUUAAAAUAACAAGUAUCACCCCCGGGCUUACAGAUGCCGAAAUAAUCAAAGAUAAAAAAGAGAAAGGAGAAAAGAUACAACCUCUUCUGCAGGCUCAAGAUAUUUCAAAUUCAAUAUUAUAUGCUUUGAGUACACCACCUAAAGUACAUAUUAAUGAGAUCGUUCUUAGACCUCUUGGUGAAAAAUUUUAA